CUCUCGACCAGAGCGGCAGCGCCAGAGCUGGGGACAGCAGAAGUGAGUACGCGAGCGGCGCAGCAAGAUUCCUGCUCGGACCCCGGACGGUGAGCGCACCCGGUGCCCCGAAUCCGAGGCGGGCCCGCGGCAGGCCGCCAGAUAACUGUACCCCCUAACUACCACCACUUGCGCCCUCCUGCCCCGGCCCGCCUCCCGGAGUUCUCCGGCUCCGAGCUCUCCAGCGCCCGGGAUCCUCCUGGACCGGUCCAUCCAGAUUGCCGCGGGACCGACCUGCCUGCAUCCCCCAGCAUCUACGGGCUCGGGCCGCCGCCUCGGUCCCGGAGCCGCCUGCCUGGAUUGCACCCUCUUCUUGCCCGGACCUCCUGGGACCGUACGCGAGCGUUCCUCGGAGCCCGCGGAGCGGACCCUCCCCCAGGUGUCCCCAGCCCCGCCGGCGCGGCCCGGCGCGGCCCGGCUCGGCUCCUGGAGCCCUCCCUGGCCAUGGCCCGAGCCCGCCCGCCGCCGCCGCCGCCGCCGCCGCCGGGGCUCCUGCCGCUGCUCCCUCCGCUGCUGCUGCUCCCGCUGCUGCUGCCCGCCGGCUGCCGGGCGCUGGAAGAGACCCUCAUGGACACAAAAUGGGUGACUUCUGAAUUGGCAUGGACAUCUCAUCCAGAAAGUGGGUGGGAAGAGGUGAGUGGCUACGAUGAGGCCAUGAACCCCAUCCGCACGUACCAGGUGUGUAACGUGCGAGAGUCAAGCCAGAACAACUGGCUCCGCACGGGGUUCAUCUGGCGGCGAGACGUGCAGCGGGUCUACGUGGAGCUCAAGUUUACCGUGCGUGACUGCAACAGCAUCCCCAACAUCCCUGGCUCCUGUAAAGAGACCUUCAACCUCUUCUACUAUGAGGCUGACAGCGAUGUGGCCUCGGCUUCCUCCCCCUUCUGGAUGGAGAACCCCUACGUGAAGGUGGACACCAUUGCUCCCGAUGAGAGCUUCUCGCGGCUUGAUGCUGGCCGUGUCAACACCAAGGUGCGAAGCUUUGGGCCGCUCUCCAAGGCCGGUUUCUACUUGGCCUUCCAGGACCAAGGUGCCUGCAUGUCGCUCAUCUCUGUGCGUGCCUUCUACAAGAAGUGUGCAUCCACCACUGCAGGCUUUGCCCUUUUUCCCGAGACCCUCACGGGGGCCGAGCCCACUUCUCUGGUCAUUGCCCCUGGCACCUGCAUCGCUAAUGCUGUGGAGGUGUCAGUGCCACUCAAGCUCUACUGCAAUGGCGAUGGGGAGUGGAUGGUGCCUGUGGGAGCCUGCACCUGUGCCACCGGCCAUGAGCCAGCUGCCAAGGAGUCCCAGUGCCGCCCCUGUCCCCCUGGGAGUUACAAGGCAAAGCAGGGAGAGGGGCCCUGCCUCCCCUGCCCCCCCAACAGCCGCACCACCUCUCCAGCUGCCAGCAUCUGCACAUGCCACAAUAACUUCUACCGUGCAGAUUCGGACUCUGCAGACAGUGCCUGUACCACGGUGCCAUCCCCUCCUCGGGGUGUGAUCUCCAACGUGAAUGAGACCUCGCUGAUCCUUGAGUGGAGCGAGCCCCGGGACCUGGGUGGCCGGGACGACCUCCUAUACAACGUCAUCUGCAAGAAGUGCCGUGGGGGCCCUGGGGCCACGGGUGCCUCAACCUGCUCUCGCUGUGAUGACAAUGUGGAGUUUGUGCCUCGGCAGCUGGGCCUGACAGAGCGCCGGGUCCACAUCAGCCAUCUGCUGGCCCACACGCGCUACACCUUUGAAGUGCAGGCAGUCAAUGGCGUCUCGGGCAAGAGCCCUCUGCCCCCCCGCUAUGCGGCUGUGAAUAUCACCACCAACCAGGCUGCCCCAUCUGAAGUGCCUACUCUACAUCUGCACAGCAGCUCAGGUAGCAGCCUGACCUUGUCCUGGGCACCCCCAGAGCGGCCCAACGGAGUCAUCCUGGACUAUGAGAUGAAGUACUUUGAGAAGAGUGAGGGCAUUGCCUCUACGGUGACCAGCCAGAAGAACUCCGUGCAGCUGGACGGGCUGCGGCCUGAUGCCCGCUAUGUGGUCCAGGUCCGUGCCCGCACCGUAGCUGGCUAUGGGCAGUACAGCCGUCCUGCUGAGUUUGAGACCACAAGUGAGAGAGGCUCUGGUGCCCAGCAGCUCCAGGAGCAACUUCCCCUCAUUGUGGGUUCUGCCACAGCUGGACUUGUCUUCGUGGUGGCUGUCGUGGUCAUUGCUGUUGUCUGCCUCAGGCCUCGCCUCCAUUCCGCCCCCUCCAGGAAGCAGCGGCACAGCUCUGAUUCGGAGUACACAGAGAAGCUACAACAAUACAUUGCUCCUGGAAUGAAGGUUUAUAUUGACCCUUUUACCUACGAGGACCCUAAUGAGGCGGUGCGGGAAUUUGCCAAGGAAAUCGAUGUGUCCUGUGUCAAGAUCGAGGAAGUGAUUGGAGCUGGGGAAUUUGGGGAAGUGUGUCGGGGUCGCCUAAAACAGCCAGGCCGCAGGGAGGUGUUUGUGGCCAUCAAGACGCUGAAGGUGGGCUACACGGAGAGGCAGCGGCGGGACUUCCUAAGUGAGGCCUCCAUCAUGGGUCAGUUUGACCACCCCAACAUAAUCCGGCUAGAGGGCGUGGUCACUAAAAGUCGGCCAGUCAUGAUUCUCACCGAGUUCAUGGAGAACUGUGCCCUGGACUCCUUCCUCCGGCUCAACGACGGACAGUUCACAGUCAUCCAGCUGGUGGGCAUGUUGCGGGGCAUUGCCGCUGGCAUGAAAUACCUGUCCGAGAUGAACUACGUGCACCGAGACCUGGCUGCCCGCAACAUUCUUGUCAACAGCAACUUGGUCUGCAAAGUCUCAGACUUCGGCCUCUCCCGCUUCCUGGAGGACGAUCCUUCUGAUCCUACCUACACCAGCUCCCUGGGCGGGAAGAUCCCCAUCCGCUGGACUGCCCCAGAGGCCAUAGCCUAUCGGAAGUUCACCUCUGCUAGUGAUGUCUGGAGCUAUGGAAUCGUCAUGUGGGAGGUCAUGAGCUAUGGAGAGCGACCCUACUGGGACAUGAGCAACCAGGAUGUCAUCAAUGCUGUAGAGCAGGAUUACCGGCUGCCCCCACCCAUGGACUGCCCCACGGCACUGCACCAGCUCAUGCUGGACUGCUGGGUACGGGACCGGAACCUCAGGCCCAAAUUCUCCCAGAUUGUCAACACCCUGGACAAACUCAUCCGAAAUGCUGCCAGCCUCAAGGUCAUCGCCAGUGCCCAGUCUGGCAUGUCACAGCCCCUCCUAGACCGCACGGUCCCGGAUUACACGACCUUCACGACAGUUGGUGACUGGCUAGAUGCCAUCAAGAUGGGGCGGUACAAGGAGAGCUUUGUCAGCGCGGGGUUUGCAUCCUUUGACCUGGUAGCUCAGAUGACCGCAGAAGACCUGCUGCGGAUUGGGGUCACCUUAGCUGGCCACCAGAAGAAGAUCCUUAGCAGUAUCCAGGACAUGCGGCUGCAGAUGAACCAGACACUGCCUGUGCAGGUCUGACACCUGACUCCCACGGGGUGGGUACUCCCCCAAGGACUGUGCAGGGACUCUGACCAGCCGGCUGGACUUUUGGACUUUUGGAUGCCUGGCCUUAGGCUGUGGCCCAGAAGAUGGAAGUUUGGGGAAGGCCCAAGCUGGGACUUCUCCUACAAGCCUGUGCUCCCUCCCCAGGAAGUGUGUCCCAAACCUCUUCAUAUUGAAGAUGGAUUAGGAGAGGGGGUGAUGACCCCUCCCCAAGCCCCUCAGGGCCCAGGCCUUCCUGCUCUCCAGUGGGGGAUAUCCACCACCUCAGACUUCGCUGUUCUUCAGUGCUGAAGGUCCUGGCAGGGUCAGGUGGAGGAUAAGCCUGGGUUCUAUAGGGCCCAGCCCUGGCAGGGGUCUGGCCCCCCAGGUAGGCAGAGAGCAGUCCCUCCCUCAGGAACUGGAGGAGGGGACUCCAGGAAUGGGGAAAUGUGACACCCCAUCCUGAAGCCAGCUGGCACCUCCAGUUUGCACAGGGACUUGUUCUGGGGGCUGAGGGCCCUGCCCCACCCCCGCCCUUGGUGCUGUCAUAAAAGGGCAGGCAGGGGCAGGCUGAGGAGUAGCCCCUUGCCCCCCAGAGACUGACUCUCAGAGCCAGAGUUUGGGUGUGUAUGUGAGUGUGUUUGUGUGUGUGUGUGUGUGUGUGUGUGUGUGUGUGUGUCUGUGCAUGCACGGACCUGCACAGAGAGCAUGGGUGAGUGUGUAAAAGAUUGGCCCUGUGCCCUGCAGUGGGGCCAGCUGGGCCGACAGCGGAAUAAAGGCAAUAAGAUGA